AUGCGCCGUGGUCAAGUUGCGACUAUGUUUUCCAAGAAACGUGCCGAGCCAAUCCAGCUGCCGCCCACGCCUUAUGUUCUGGUUCCCAGUGGGCAGUACGAAGGAAAUGACGGGAGAUGGUCCACGUUCUCCAUCAACAUUGGCGACGACGGCAAGAACAACAGUAACGGCCAGAACUUCAGAGUACUCAUAUCCACUUCCUCGCCAGCCACCCUCGUACCGCAACAGACCGACUGGUGUUACGUGCCCAGCCCCGAAGAGUGUGCAGCGAGUCGAGGUAUCCUGUCAUACGAAGGCCGUCAAUCUUUAGGCUUCGAUGAUGAUGAAUCUCCACAAUGGCAGAACGCAGGAAUUUACACAAUUCCAGUACCGGAGUGGUACAACGACACUUUACAGGCAGAAGAGCCAGCCGCAGUUUGGGGUGUGGAUCAUGUGGGUCUGGGUGAGAGCUCACCACAGAGCUUCAUUUUGACCGAGCAGUAUGUCGUGAAGUAUACCGUUACAAACUUCUACAUGGGUUCCCUUGGGCUCGCUGUCGGAUCUACCGGACCCCCCGGCGCACUCAAACCGAACUUCUUGGACAACAUGUGGGGAAGUGCACACAAAAUUGCCAGUCGGUCGUUUGGAUACACGGCUGGUGCUUAUUAUCGCAACAACGACAACGGGGUCACAGGAAGUUUAGUACUGGGAGGUUACGAUAAAGCACGACUGUCCGAACAAGGUGUCUCGAUCAGUAUGCCUAGCCGGCAGAACAACACGCUUGCUGUUGGCGUCAUUGGCAUACUCUGGAAGCCAGAUCAGGACGCCGAAACCAACACGGCUUCUCUUACUACUGGAGCGUUUCCUGCGACCAUUGACUCUACAUUACCAUACCUCAUCCUGCCUGAUGAUGUCUGCGACGAAUUCAUCAUCAAAUUCGGUCUGACCUUCGACAAUCAGACCCAAAUGUAUACUGUCAACGAUACAGCGCGCCAGCAGAAUCUACGAAUGAACCCGACUGUAUCAUUCAAGAUCAGCGCCAGUGCUGAUACCGACAGCGCAGACUUUGCGGACAUCGAACUACCAUACUCGGCACUGGAUCAGCAAGCCAGCUUUCCACUCUACCUUAACGCGACCCGUUACCUUCCCAUAAAGCGAUCACAAAAUGGACGAUUCGUACUAGGGCGCACGUUUUUGCAGGAAGCGUACAUUGUGGUCGACUACGAACGUCAGAAUUUCACGGUUGCCCCGGCCACAUUCUCUGAUCCUAUGCCAAAUCCGAGCCUGGUCACCAUAUUCGAUAGGUCUUAUACUGGCCUACCAGAAACACCAGAGUCUGGGUCUGGAAGUGGGCUAUCGGCAGGCGCAAUCGCAGGGAUAGUUGUCGGCAUCGUUGGCGCUUUCAUCAUCGUCGCAAUCGGUGCAUACCUUCUAUGGAGGAAGAAGCGCCGGGCGGCAAAGGAACCCGAAGAAAACACCGAAAAGCCGUCUGAGAUUGACACAACGUUUGCUGGUACUGAGAUCAAGUAUCGUCGUGUCUCGGAACUCACUGGCUCCGAAGCUCCUCAUUCACCCAAAGACCCUGCGGCAGGCUACUACAGUGUUGAUCAUAAAUCCUAUCCACCCAUCAGCGAAAUGUCUCCGGAGAGUACCCCCGCUGAGCUUUACAGCCCUCCGCCAGAUGGUCGCAAUUCACCCGAUUACUUCUCCAAUGGCAGGUAUAGUGUACCUCUUGCAGAACUCCCAGGCGGAGAUACGAUCAGCUCAAUGCCCAGUAAAAACUCAGACAUGAAGCCAGUUCAGAAACCUCCGCACAGCCGAAGUCCAAGUGACAACUCACUUUCGACCAAUAUCGAUGAAGUACUAGCAAAGAAGGCGCCUGAAGCGGGACCAGAUAGCGAAGCCACAAGAUCAGCAGUGGAGCCUGGAGCGCCAGCUACUGCUGAAGAGAUUACCAAAGCAAAGGAAGGCGCACAACCCGAAGCGGACAACGAUGCGGAAGAGGCGGCGAUCGAACGACGGCCGUCACACACCAGAGGACUGAGCGACACAACCAUUCAAAGCGAUAGUACAGCAGUCUCGCAGCCAACACCCGAAGAGCUAGAGCGCUGGGCGAGAAGUGUAGACGGCCAAAGUCGGCCCAUGUCUCCAUCAUGA